UAGUGAUAGUCACUGUGUCACAGGCUUAGCAGCUGAUAAGUCGCAAUGUCUGGUCGCGGCAAAGGCGGGAAGGGGCUCGGCAAGGGGGGCGCCAAGCGCCACCGCAAGGUGCUGCGCGACAACAUCCAGGGCAUCACCAAGCCCGCCAUCCGGCGCCUGGCGCGGCGCGGCGGCGUCAAGCGCAUCUCCGGGCUCAUCUACGAGGAGACCCGCGGGGUGCUCAAGGUCUUCCUGGAGAACGUGAUCCGGGACGCCGUCACCUACACGGAGCACGCCAAGCGCAAGACGGUCACGGCCAUGGACGUGGUCUACGCGCUCAAGCGCCAGGGCCGCACGCUCUACGGCUUCGGGGGCUGAGUCUGAACCCCGGCUCGCUUUCUACUACAAAACCAAAGGCCCUUUUCAGGGCCACCUAUCC